AUGGUGAGUCUAUUUUCGUCAAGGAAGAGAUCGAGGAAAGAAAGUAAGAACCCUUAUUCAGAUCUCGGACUUGAAAAGUUCUCAGCACUUCUCUCCGAGCUUGAUGAGAAGAGACAGAGCAUUUACGCAACGAGGGUUGACUCAGAUGGGCCGCCACUUGUUCGGUUUGUGUUCAAAAGCUCGGGAGAGUGCGUCCCUAUCAUGAUCAAGACAAAGAAGGUAACCAAGAAGAAGGAUUCUCAAGAUGAUUUAAAGAUCAAUACCCAAACAAAAGUAGAGGAAUGGAAAGAAAUAAAGAAGACCGAGUUGGUAACAGAGCAGAAACAGAGCUGUGUAUUGAAUGAGAAUAUGAAGAAGAUUUCUAGACCGAAGCAUUUCUUACCCGUAACAACGAUCUUGGUUUUGAUCUUCUUGGUGUUCUUUGGACGAACCGUGUCGACCAUGUGCACUUGUAUUGUUUGGUACUUGGUUCCAUUGAUCAAGGAACAUUGCAAAAGGAGAGGAUCAUUACCACGUAAUACAGGAAAUAAAAACAAGAAGAAGUUUCCGCUUGUGGCUGCUCCUGGUAUAACCCGGUGA